UGCUAACCAUCCAGGCAGCUUUUCCCCAAAUCCAAAUACACAUAACAGUUAGGAAAGCUGCAAGUUUUCGCAGUUGGCCAAAAACGUCCAGUUUCAGCGGUGAGCCAGAAAAAUUUCUGCGAAAGGCUGUCGUGGCAAGUGUUACCCGCACACAUACACACAUCAUCCAGACCAGAUCCAGAUCCAGCCAAUCCCCCCGUGGAGUGGAGUGAAAAUUCAUUGACGACUGGGGGCGAAAAAGCUCUGGCGGAAUAGAGAGCACGGCGGCACUGAGAGCGCAACCCUCUAGAACAAAAACAACGAAACAGAGUUCAGCUGCACCACCACCCACUAUCGCCCACCACCACCACCACCCGCUACACCACCUCCAUUCCGACCUGCGGCAGUGCAAGACAGUGAAAAGGCCAAGUGCAUAUAGUGCGCCUAGUACCUUCAUCCUAAUCAUCGCCAGCCGAAUUUGUUGAGGCCACCACAGCACCACCAACUAACUACAGCCAAAACCACACAGCCACCAGAGACAUAGCCCAGAAGAUCUAAGUUCUAAGUUUUUGGGGGUCUGAGAUGGGCAAGAAAGACAAGAACAAGGAAUCGGCGGACGCUGCACCAGCUGGCGAUGCACCACCAAACGCCGGAGCUCCGGCCGGAGAGGGCGGCGAUGGCGAGAUUGUGGGCGGACCACACAAUCCGCAGCAGAUUGCGGCACAGAAGCGGCUGCAGCAGACGCAGGCGCAGGUCGAUGAGGUCGUGGACAUCAUGCGCACGAACGUGGAGAAGGUGCUGGAGCGCGACAGUAAGCUGUCGGAGCUGGACGAUCGCGCCGAUGCCUUGCAGCAGGGCGCCUCGCAGUUUGAGCAGCAGGCGGGCAAGCUAAAGAGGAAAUUCUGGCUGCAGAACUUGAAGAUGAUGAUCAUCAUGGGCGUUAUUGGCCUGGUUGUCGUGGGCAUUAUUGCAAAUAAACUUGGCCUCAUAGGCGGAGAGCAGCCGCCACAGUACCAGUACCCACCACAGUACAUGCAGCCACCGCCGCCGCCGCCGCAGCAGCCCGCCGGAGGACAGUCAUCGCUGGUGGAUGGGGUAGGAACAGGAGCAGGAGGAUCGGACGGCGGUGCAGCAGGUGCUGGCGACCACGGCGGCGUAUAAGUGAUCUCGCUGCACGCUGACGAACGUUUCUCGAUGAAACGCCCUCCCCAGAGGGCGAAAACAAAAGGAAAACUCAGUUAAACUAGAAAAUCUCGAGAUUUGCAAUGAACUCAAUAAUAAUUUCCACUUAGACGAUGUGCACGAGUUGGUGUGUGAGAGGUUUUAAGUAACUUACGUCAUAAUAUUAAUACUAAAUCUAAAAGAAAAGAAAAGAUAAGAAAAGAAAAGACGCUCCGGACAAAUUAAAGUUGUUGCUAAUUUGUUUAUGGUUACAUUAUUUCAUGCAUAAAACAAACGGUAUAUAUAUAAAUAUAAAAUAUGAAUACAAAUAUAUGGUACUUGAAUAUUACGAGUGACUCUCAAAAAGAAAACCACGUACUACCCUUUAUGGAACUUGAACUUGGACCUCUGCGCUGCACUGGCAACAAGGAGCGCCAGUGGAAGCAGGAGGACAGGCGGUCGCUUCCCGAUGUUCGCAGCUCUUUGAACUCAGUUUCCUUAGCAAAUCGACUAGACAAAACUACACUAAACUAAAAAAAAAAAAAUCAAAGAAACAAACAUAACUAUUCGGAACAAGACCCAAAACCAAAGAAAUCUAAGCUUUGUUCCUAAGUAAAGUUACGCAAAUAUGAAUAUUCGAAAUGUAUAAUCCAAAAGAGAUGUUUAAAAUCGACGUGGCCAUAUAAGUAAUUGACAGUUAAAUGUAUUCAUGGAACUUUACUUAUAUAUAGAGCCAGUGUAGUCGGCUGAAACCAAAAACUUGAAGUCUAGUCAAAAUAUACAAAGCGAUUUAUUUGCAGAAUUCUGUUUAUGUGCAAUCAUUAUACUGUUGUGUUUGAGAAACAGCCCAGGCAGCAAUUGAGUGCAGCUCGAAAGGUUCGAAUUGAAAGAUGAAGCCAGACAGUUCAACGAUUAAAUUAAGCGCUAGACACACAAUAUGUUGGUUAUGUUAUCCAAAGGAUUUAUUUAGCUCGACGCUGGCAGCAGAGGCACUUAACACAUAUGUUUGUAUAUUUCAAUGUUACCAGUAAUAGACGAGGCGGUACUUAGAACAUAUAUAUGUACGUGUAUGUAACGAUAUGAUAUUUAGAUCUCACACACUCCACCCC